GGUCAGAGACAAAGACUCUACUUUCAAAAAUAGGCUAUGUCAGUCGUACAACGAUCCACAUUUUAGGACAUUUGAUGGAAAAUACUAUGACUACAUGGGAGUCGGGGAAUUCGUUAUGUAUAAAAAUGACAUUGGUCCAUUUUGGGUCCAUGCAUUAUUUACAAGUUGUGGCUCUGGCUUGCCUGGAACGUCUUGCCUUUGUGGAAUAGCAAUAAGGAGCAAAAACUCACUGUUCGUUUUACGCACAUGUGAGAGGAUUUCUAGGAAAGAAUUACAUUUGCUUCAGCAACCUGUUGUCACGCUGACGUCUUGUGACGAAAGUGAUAUGUCAAUUACUAACACGAAUAACAACUACAAGAUAAUCUUACCAAUUGCAACAGAAAUAAAAUUUUCAAUAGCUAGACGAUUCAUAAGUGUGAUUUCAAUCAAACCAUCCGUAAAGGACAUCAAUACGGCAAGAGGUCUAUGUGGAGUUCCUAGUAUAACAAAGGACCCAUUAGAUGACUUGACACAUCGUGUACUUGGACCAAUCAACGAUGAACACAUAUUCGCCGAUUCCUGGAGGAUCACCGAAGGUAUGGUUGAGGAGCAGCUAUUUGUUGAAGAACCCGCAUUCCUAAAGAAAGACAACGAUGUUUAUGAACAGAUUGUAGUUGUUGAAAACAUUGAGAACGAUCCCAACUUAAAAACAUUUUGCGCAUGUGAACAACAAGCUGGCAGUACCGACUCACUAGAUGAUUUUAACAGCGUACAUUGUAAUUUGACAGAUAGCACUGAGCAAUGUUCAGGUUCACCAAGCUCAUCCGGCGCAUAUGUUCAAUACCAAUCUUGCUUUCAGCCUCUACGGAAAAGACGAUCCCUAAAUUUUCCUCAUAAACUAAGUAAACGAAGUUUAAAUAAUAAUGAUGACGAGAUUGAUUUCAAGCCAUUAGCGUACAGUGAUGACGUUAAUGAAACAGAGAUUGAGUCAACAGCAACCUUUCGAAAUGGUUGGACGUCAGAAAGAGCAUAUAACAUAUGUUUUAACAGCAUAAACGAUGCGUUGCAGAAUGAUAUGUACAAGGAUUAUGUUGAUGUACCUGUCGAAAAGUUCACCGAAGCGUGUGUUAAGGAUAUAGAAGUUGCUGGCGACACAACAUUUCUUACAGACACUGUAAAUGCCAUGGUAACGAGCAUUAUGACAGAGCUUGUAAAAACCGAAUCUCUGUAUACACAAAAAUCUGCCGACGGAUCACAGACAUUGUUAGAAUAUUUUGCAAGUGGAUUAUGUCUGAACAACUGCAGUGAUAAUGGAAUUUGUAAAGAAGGGGUUUGCAUUUGUGACAGUGGAUAUGUAGGGGAGGAUUGCUCUUUUAACACUUCGUCACCACCUACUGGUAUCAGUCUUCCUUUCAAUGGUGAAUGUAAACUCACAGCUCGUUCAUGUGAAGCAAUGAAUGUAUUUGGAGAAUUUGUAUCAACCUCUGUAUGGUGUAAGCGGAGACAUUUUCAGAUUUUAGAGAAUGAUCUGCUGUACACAACAAGCAAUGAAGUUGUUUCAGUUGAAUACAGAAACCCCUUCAUGUUAACACUGGAUCUGCCAACGUCUAGAAAGAAAAGAUCAGUAGACAGCAAUGUUUUGUCUGAGGGUUACGACAUCAGUUUUUCAUAUGACGGCCAGAAUUUUGGAAAGGAAACCAGUAUCAUUAUUUACGAUGAUCUCAAAUAUUCAUGUAAUACAACGACAAAAACGUGCAUAUCAUUGAUUGUGGACGAAUCAACAGAAACCAAACAGAAUGUCAUUAUGAUUGUGGUCCCAGUUACAAUAUCAGUGGUUGUUAUACUUGUGAUAAUUGGUGUUAUUUACUUCAAGUUGACGACCAAAGCUUCAAAAGCUAAGAUUGCUUCCUAUGGAGAUGAACCUGAUCAGAAGACCUUGUCAUCAGACAAUAGGAAAGGAAGAGAAAAUACUGUUAGCGAACUUGAAUUCAGCUUUGCAGAGACCACAGAUGUGGAUGUUUUCGCUAUGCAGUAUCCUCCGAGAAAAGAGAAUGUCAAUGUGUGGAACGGUGGAUUUAAGACUUCUGAAAAAUGAAAUUUAUUCCGUGUUUGAACAAAGAGAUAUUAUAAGCCUUCAUGCGAUUUCAAUUCUUAUACCAUUGUUUUUAUUAUACUUUUUAAUUUUAUAGCACAUAAUUAUGACAACAUCUUAUAAAUUUUAAUAUCCUAUCACGUUUGCAUGUAAAGUAUUCAUGCAUUUGGUUAUUCUUUUUUUUUUUACAUUAUAUUAUAAUCGUCGACAAAAUUUAUUAUCAAUUGCAACUAUAUAAUAGCACUUCACAGUAUGUCAAACAUCGACUACAUGCACAUAGACCUAGAUAAAGGAUAUUUAAAAAAUACUCCAUCAGGUUUGCUUAUUAUUUCGAAAAACAAGAAUGCGCAAAUUGCAAUUCGUAAGGAUCACAAAUUGUUAAUAAAUUAUACUUGAUAAUUCACAAUAAUUCGGACCUUUAGGGAACUAUUCCUGUUAUCAUUCUCCGCCAUGCAUGUAUUGUGUAUAAUUAUUGUAUUUAUAUUUCACUGAUGCAUUCAAAAAUAUUGUAAAAUUGUAUAUUCUAUAAGCUGUAUUCCUUCUGAAUAAAGCAUUAUUAUUAUAAAAAAAUCUACACGAAUGCGUAAACACCUUUCGAAAUGUUUUACAAAGACUACUUGCAAUCUUUUUGCUAAAUUUAGGUUCGUUUUCAUCAGAAAUUCAAUUGAAAUGUCGUGCAUUGAUUGUAUAUGAGACUUUUUUUUUUUUUUUUUUAUCUAGAAUCCGAUCAAAACAAAUGUCAUAUGACACCUAAUUGAUAUUGAAUUAAGCUAUACAAACUAAGAGAUCCAGGUCUUCUGAAAAAAAUAACAUGUCCAUUGUUUUUAUAAAAUGUAAUUGUGGAGGUGAAAUAUCAUUCAUUUGUGCCUUGAGUGUGUUUUUGUAUCAAUGUUAUUUUUAAGCAGUGUAUAUUCUUGCAAUUAAUAAGACAUAAAAGGAAAGCGUAUUGCAAGUUUUCAAUAAAUGACAUGAUCUUCA